AGCAACCCUACAGGCGCGCCCGCAUACAACAUGCAAGAAACCACAAAAGAUGGCAUUACCAUGCGCACCAUGAACCUGGAGGACUAUGAGAGCAUCAGAAAGGUUUUUCAAUGGUGAACCCCUCUUCGCUGCCAUAGCUGGACCAAUAGAUCCAAAGAGAUGGAAACGCCUCGAUGAAUAUCACGAAUCGUUGAUUGUGGACGGUAUGUGUGUCGUGGCCAUCGAUGAGGAGCAGAAUGGACGCGUUGUGAGGUUUGUGCUGGCCGAAGGACAGUGUCCCGAAGAUGUGGAGAAGCAUCGCCAAGAAGCCGAAGGUAGUGGACACAUCAAGCGUUUACUCUCCAAAGUGGAAGUCGAGGCUAACAUCUUCGAGCGUUAUGGAUUGUCCAAAUUGCUGUACUCCCACUUGACCUGUGUGGAUGUUUCGAUGAGGGGCAAGGGAUUGGGUCAGCGUCUGGCUAACUGCGCCAUGGAUCUGGGCAGAUCUAAGGGCUACCCACUGAUGGCGGCUUUCUGUACGAGUUUUUAUUCGGCGCGACAGAAGGAGGCAUUGGGAAUGGAGUGUAUUUAUUCCCUGAAGUAUGAGGACUACAAGGAUGCAGAGGGUAAAGUGGUAUUUUUUCCACCAGAGCCUCAUAAGGAGAUACGAGUACUGGCCAUAAAACUAUAAACGAUUCUCUCUACGACUUGCUUU